AUGUGGCCACUGGGCCUCUCCCUGCUCUCUGACUCUUAUUUGGAGUGCUGCUGCCUCUCCUCCAGCCUCCAGAUGGGCCUUGACUUCUGGGGGGAGCCAGGCAGACUCAAUGUUGAAGCCCGACUCAAUGAGCAUGAGAUGGACAUGUGUCCAAGGUCACUCAAAUGGGACGAUGGGGGAGGCAAGCAUGUGGGCCUCUGUGACUCAUUGGUUCUUGGCAACAAAAGGUCACUCAGGGUCUCCAAGGGUGGGGACACCUUGAGAGGGCCCUGCAAUGGUUUCUGGGAGGGGGAGGAGGUCAUUGUUGGCCUCGAUCCAAUCCCAGAUGGCUUGUUGCUGCUCAUCCUCACUGGUGGGGGAAUCAGGGGGCAUAUAGGGCUCAGGGGAAGGGCCUCAGGCAGUGAGGUAGUCAAUCUAGCUGUCAACAUUGCUCGGGGGUAA